AUGCCUCUUCCUGCUGCUUUAGCUGCUAGAUUAGCAAAGCGAGGAUUAAUAUCUAAUGGAUCUGAAAAAGAAGGUGCGACUGUUACUAAAGAACCGAAAAAAAGAGUACACGAAGAAGUUAUUGCUGAAGAUUAUGACAAUUUAAAAGAUGACAUUGAAGAAAUUGACUUAUCACAAAAAUUCAUGGGAUACAGCGGAUGCCCCAACAAAUAUAACAUUUAUCAUGAAUGUACAAAAAAAUGUAAAGAAUUGUGGGGAGUCGGAAAAUUGCAACCUGCUGAAAAAUAUUUAAGAUUACAAAUGAAGUUAAUUCAUAAAUAUCCAUUACCUGAAACAUGGAAAGCAGUUUAUGAUCCUGGCGUAGGACAGCAUUACUACUGGGACCGGUCUUCGGAUUUAGUGUCAUGGUAUCCUCCAGCACAUCCCAAGUGCCAGAUAUCCCAGCCAGCAUCACAAUUACGCGAGGAAUUACAUUUGAAAGCCGCCGACCAGGAUGACAACAUGUCUAGCGAAGACAGCGGUAGCGAACAAGAAACUAUGGAUGUUGAUGAGCCACGGUCAAAAAAAGACCAUAGACCGUCAACUAGAGAUCGGUAUCGAUCGCGUUCUCACGACAGACGAGGACCAAAAGACAAAAGAGAGCGACCAUUAGAUCCAAUGGAUCCAGCUUCUUACAGUGAUAUUCCAAGAGGAAAAUGGUCGGACGGACUUGCUCGUUAUAACGAAGCAAAAACUGGAGCUGAUACGACUGCAUCAGGACCCUUAUACCAGAUGAGACCCUACCCAAGUCCUGGGGCAGUUCUGAGAUCUAAUAAACCACCGAAGCCAGAAAUUGAAACAGCCAACAAGCCCAAAGUUUCUUUUCCUGAAGCUCCAGAAUAA